AUGGAGAUAAUGACUCAUACUUCAACCUUCCUCCUCCCCAAUCCUCCCCUCGACAAAGCCGCCGCCGCCGCCGCGUUGACGUACGUGCUCGUCGUCCUCAACCGGCGCCUCCCACGGUUCACUCCUCUCCUCUGGAAGCACGCACAGCUUCGUAUCUGUGCGGACGGUGGAGCCAACCGACUGUAUGAUGAAUUGCCGCAGUUGUUUCCCGAUGAGGACGCUCUAGAGAUUCGUAAAAGGUAUAAGCCAAAUUCAAUUAAAGGAGAUAUGGAUUCAAUUAGGGAUGAAGUUUUGGGAUUCUACAAAGAUCUGGGAACCGAAGUAAUUGAUGCCUCAGAUGAUCAGGAUACUACAGACUUGCAUAAAUGCGUUGCAUAUAUUCAAGACAUGCCGAAUUUGAAGAAUCAAGAAGUAGAACUGAUACGGAAAUGA